UUGUUUACAACGUCCGGGGAGGGCUCAAGCGGAAGAUAACUAAAAAAGAACGCACGUUCUGUUAACGUUAGACCCAAAUAGUUUUAAGAAGAAUUCCAAGAUGUCUACAGUCCAAAGUAUGAGACGGUUCGUGUGCGAUAGAAUGACCGCGGCAGCUCAAGAGAUUUUGGGAGCCUUCGAAAGGAAAAUAGAAAACUACGAGGCAGAAAUCGCCCGUCAACGCAGACUCCUGAACGCCGUUUUGACUCCGGAGAUAAAGUUGCACCGGACAGAGCUGCUACAGAUAUGUGGAGGGGAGGAGGAGGCUCUCCACUCACACCAGUAUGCUAAUACCAGUUUGGUCCCACCAGAUCCUCCACCGAUUAAAGAGGAGCAUGAGGACAUGUGCAUUAGUCGGGAACAACAGCAGCUUGCCAAACAACCGGAGACUGAAGCUUCCAAGUUGACUCCAGCUUGUGAGAAAAGUGUCCACUCUCAGCCUUUGGACCCUCAACAAACUGAAAGCACGGCAAACAACGAAAUAUUAUCUCCAUCUGACAAGGGGAAUUCUGCAGCAUCUUCACCGAGCACAGGCCACAAGCUCCUCUCUCACAACUCUUGUGUGAGAGCUGAGAGCCAAGAUCCCAUAACUUUUACCCAAGGAAAUGCAGCGGCAAGUAGACUUAUUGAGUCAACACAAACUCAUAAAAGCAACGAGAACACCCCAUCAGCUAUAGGUACUGAAGAUACAUCUCUUAAGAAAAACAAGAACACCACAUCAGCUACAAGCACCGAGCAAACAUCUCUUAAGAAAAGCAACAACGAGAACACAACAUCAGCCAUAGGUACUGAAGAUACAUCUCUUAAGAAAAACAAGAACACCACAUCAGCUACAAGCACCGAGCAAACAUCUCUUAAGAAAAGCAACAACGAGAACACAACAUCAGCCAUAGGUACUGAAGAUACAUCUCUUAAGAAAAGUAACAACCAGAACAAGACAUUAACUACAAGCACAGAGCAACCAUCGCUUAAGAAACGUAACGACGAGAACACCACAUCAGCUAUAGGUACUGAGAGAACAACCAAUAGAACAGGCAAAAACAAUAAUACGGCAUCAGCUAAAAGUACUGAGGAUAAAUCUCUUAAGAACAGCAACAAAGAGAAAACAACAUCAGCUAUAUGUACUGAGCAAACAAAGACCAAUGACGAGAACACAACACCUGCUGUAGGUACAGAGCAAACAACCAAUAGGAUAACCAAUGACAAGAACACAACAUCAGCUACAAGUACCGAGGAAACAUCUAUUAAGAAAAGUAUUGCCGAGAACACAUCAGCUACAAGUACUGAGCAAACAGCUCCUAAGAAAUGUGAUGAAGAGAACAUGGCAUCAGCUAUAUGUGUCAAGACAUCACCAAAUAAGAACUGUAACAAUGACAACCCAGGAUCAAGUGGAAAUACUGAGCAAGCGCUAAAUAAGAAGCAUGACAAAAACACAAGGCCAAUCACAGGCGUUGAAUCAACCCCACACAAGAGUGGCGAUGGUAACGUUAAAUCAGCAAUUGGUGGGCCCACUGAGCCAACACUCAAUAAGGAAAUGGAUAAUGUAAAAACACUAGUGACUAGUUCUGAGCUAAUCAAAGAUAACUACGAGAGCACAAAGUCAAAUGAGACACCGACAGGAAAUAGUAAGCCAAGUAACCAAACACCAAGUAAGAAAAGCCCGAAUGUGAGGCCGGCCUCAACAGGACGUUUUGAGACAACACCAAAUAGGAACCCUAAGAAUGACAAGGCGACCUCAACUACAAGCUCUGAAGCACCAUGUAAGGAAUGCAAAGAUGAGGAUAGAACAUCAAAAACCGAUGCUGAGACCACACUAAAAGGGAAUCGAAGCAACAGGAAAAAACCAUCAACCAGAGGUACUGUGCGAGCGCCCAGUAAGACGCCUAAUGGUGAGAACACAACAUCUAAACAAACAUUUAGCAAUAAGAUCGCAACAUCUGCUCGAGGCACCAAGCAGACACUGAACGAUAAACGUAAUGAUGACCCAGCAUCAAAAGGAAAUGACGCAUCAACAACAAACAACAAAAGCCAAGAUGUGAUACAGACCACAGCUGGAAGUGUUGAGUCAAUACCAAGUAAGAGGUGUAGCAAUGGGAAGAGAACAUCAGCCAGAAGAACUGAGGAAACGUCCAACAAUAAGGCCACAACAUCAACCAGUGACCCAAGUGAGAAAUGUAACAAUGGGAGGACCACAUCAACUAGAAGAACUGAACCAACUUCAAAUAGGGUACCCAAUGAUGGUACAAUAACACCAACUGGAAUAACUAAAACAGCACAAUUUGAAAAAUCCAAAGGUGUGAAUCCAACCUCUACUGGAAGUAUUGAGCCAACUGCAUAUAUAAAUUUUAACAGCGAGAACACAUCAGCUAAAAGUAUUAAACCAACAGCAAAAAGGAAACACGACAAUGGGAAAGUAACGGUGACCACAAGUACACAGCCAUCGCCAAAUAAGAAGCACUGCGAUGGGCCCCCAGCAUCCACCACGAGCAACAACCCAACCCCAAAUAGGAGGCCCAAGAGUGGGAGUGCAACGUCAGAAGGAGGCACUGUCCCAACCCCAAAUAAGACGCACACAGAUGAAAGGACAACGUCAACCACUGCAGCUACGGCUUCAACCAGAAGUUCAAGGCAAGAACAAAGGGAGAAACGUAAGAGUGAGAGCGCAACAUCAAGUGUAAGCACCAACCCAACGGCCAACAGGAAGGACGGCAUCCAACACGACGACAACCCUUACAAGUGUGACAGGUGCAGCAAAGUGAUGACGAAUUUCAAAAACUACAAGUUCCACAUGAAGUCCCACACCGUGGCGAAGACUUUCAAGUGCGACACUUGCGGCAAAAUGUUCAGGGAGAGCUGGGACUUGAACAAACACGUGUUGAUUCACGCCGUCGACAAGCCCUUCAAGUGCAAGGAGUGCGGGCACGGGUUCUACCGUCAGUACAACCUGGAGCUGCACCUUCGGGUGCACACGGGGGAAAAGCCCUUCAGGUGCGACACCUGCGACAAAAGCUUCAGCUCGUGCGCAAACAUGAAGAAGCACAUGAGGACUCACACGGGGGAGAAGCCCUACAGCUGCGGCGACUGCGGGAAGGAGUUCGCCGACUGCUCGGCCUUCAAGAAUCACCGGCGCGUGCACACAGGGGAGAAACCCUACAAGUGCAACGUGUGCAAGAAGCGCUUCGCCGCCCGCACGACCCUGAGGAGGCACAGCAGGACGCACACGGGGGAGAGGCCGUACCUGUGCACCGUGUGCGACAAGGCGUUCGGCAACCGGUCGGACCUCACGGGCCACAUGAGGUUACACACGGGGGAGAAGCCAUACGAAUGCGCCACGUGUCGGGAACGCUUCUCCACCUGGAACAAACUCCACAAACACAAGCGGGUGCACGCCAGUGACGCGCCAAGCUCCUCCACCUAAAGCCCCCACGUGCUUGGGAAACGCCCUACUCCUGGUUGUUGAGACAGGGCGACGGCGGGCAGUCUGCUGGUGCGAGCGCCACGUGCACGGUCAUAUUUGCAGGGAUAAAAAUGUACACAUUUAUAUGUACAGACUUUUUCAGGGGGAUGGGCUGUUAUAAUGGUAGGGAAAACCUGUUCUGAUGGAAGGGACCCAAUUACUCAUGCCAGUUUAAGUUGUCGUAUCUUGUUGUUUUCUACUGAAUUGCAAUUGAACUUGUCGGAGUAAAUCUAGAUCAGUGGAGUUCACCUUUUUAAAAUUUUAUUAUAGAUUAUUUUAAGUCUGUGGUAGACAAAGGUUUGUCUUGGUCUCAUCCCUGGCAGGUAUCAGAUUUAUUGUACUCACGGUUAUUUAUAAAUCCAUGUAAUAUUUCUCUGCACUACUAAAUUAUGUCCAUGUCAUUGAAUCCCAAUGAAAUGCAAUUGAAUCUAUGGCUAUACCAUGACAAAAUGUAGAAAAGACCAAGGGGGGGGAGAGAUACUUCUCAAUUAACUUUAGACCGUACCAUAUGAAUUUAGAAAAGCAACAUAGGAAAUAACUAUUUCACUUGCUCUCCCAGGUAAUGUUUGGGACGGCAGUUAAUGAAGCAGACACAACAGUCCGGAUGAGUGGAUAUAGACGUGUAUUACACUGGUGUCUCCCUGCAGGAACACCUGAUGAUCCCAUGAUUCACUUCCUCCUCCGAACACUAGACAGCAGGCACGAGUUACUUUGAAGCCUCUGUCUAAAACGUUCUGGGCUAUACAAAUGCAGAUGUUGAAACAGAAAUACGAAGAUUUUAAAGUUUAAUAUUUCACCUGAAAAGUGUUUUCACCACAGUGCCAUGUAUUCAAAGUACUGUUAUUCAUUAAAUUCAAUCGUUACACUACAG